UACCGAAUGUAUUUUAGAAAAGGCUUCAGUAGAGAUGACCGUUAACAGUUUAGGUGCAAUAAUAACGAGAAAUGAACAAUUUAUAAACUAAAAGGUGUAUUAGUAGCCUUAUUAAGUUAAUUUGUAUUUAAUCAUACCCCUACGGAUUCCACGCGGCUUCGCACCGUAUGAAAUGGAAUCUGUAGACAACAACAAAUUUGAAGUGAAGUCAUCAAAACGUAAAAUAGUAUCAGGCCCCAACGUAUACCUCAACCCAGCUCUGGAUCUCCUUGUGAACGAAGAUCCCAUAUGCAACACAGCCAUGGAAAUAACUCCCAACAAGAGACGCAAAAGGACCAAAAGUGAUAUUGCUGCAUUUGAAAAUACAGCAUUAGAUCUAGGUAUUAGCAAAACAGCAGUCAAUGAAUUCCUUCAACGCGAACUUGAAAAUGUACGUAAGAAUACAAAAUGUUAUGAAACACCUAUCAAAAUUGAAAACACUGAAUCUGUACCGAAUCAUGCAGAGCCAAUUUAUGCUAAUUUAACUGAUUUAAAUAUACAAAAUACUAAUUGGCAUGAAAAUGCAGUUUGUUCAAAUGGACAAAGCAAAGUUUCUCAUGACAAUACAGAUAUAAUGUGUACAGGAGAUGGUGUUCUUGAUUAUUUACAUGAAAAUACAGUAGGUAUACGAGACAAUACUGAAAAUGAUAUAGCAAUGCAAGAUAGUCAAGUAGAAAUGGACUCUGGAAUUUCCGGAGUUGAUCAGAAAUCAUUAAAUGCGCAUAUUAGCGGGCUGGAAACAAACGAUAUAUCCGCUAUAAGAAACACAACAAACAUACAAACUAAGAUAACAAACCAAAUAUUUAUGAAUAAUAGUAAUUUAAGUUUAAGUUUCAUUGAUAGAUUAGCUAUAGAAUCACCAGGCACGUCAGAUCAAUCAUAUUAUUUCGAUGAUGAUUUAAACGAAAGUAACAUAAUGGAAAUAAAAACAAUAACAAUAAUAACCAAAAAGAAACUUGUCCCUAAUAAGAGAAAUACUAAUCCCUUUUUAAAUACAAAUGUUAAUGUUGAAGAUGUACCAGUAACUGAUAACCCAUUUCUCGACAAUCAAGACUUAUCGAAACCCGAGUUAGAAUAUAAUAUUGAAGCAAUGAAUAGACCUGUCGAUAAUGUUGCGACGGUUACUUCUAAUACUAAUUUAGUGCCCAGAAAGUUAUUUACUUGUGAUACAAACAGUACCAUAUCGACUGUCGAUGAAUCAGUUACAAAUCCAAGUCCUGAAUAUGAAAAUAUAGAUAGCUACAGAUCUGAAAGUCCUAUAUACGAAAACAUAGGCGAAGAAAUACCCGAUGAAAUGUUUAACAAACAAAGUAAACUAUUAGGCUGUGAUGUAUCUCAAUUCAGUGCUAUAGAUAUCAUGAAUUUGAAUAAAAACUCUCAAAUUAAUAACUCAAACGAAUCAAAUGAUAGCAAAAAGCAUUUAAAACACUCGCUACUUAAAGCGAGCAACAAAUUCUCAAAGAAAGUUUUUAAAACAUUGAAAAAGAAAUUUAAAGGAGAAAAGGUGGAACAUAAUGCGACUUUAAAUCCUUACGAAGUACCACGUAAACAGGCCAAAGAGAAAAAUAUCGAGAAAAAGGAUACAGGUAUAGAAAAUCCUGCUUUGAAGUUGGAUAAUUCAGACGAAAUUGAAAUUGAAGAAAUUGAUGAUGAACAUGAAUACGAAACUAUAAAAACUGUUAGAAAUACGCAAAUGAAUACAAACGUAACACCGCUGAAAGAGAGGGCUGUCGAUAACUUUGAUGUUUCAAAUAAAAGUUACACGCCUGGUAAAAAAGUUAGGUUCGACUCUACUUUAAAUAGAGAGAAGAUUAUAACGGGGAACAGUUUUGACUGCGAUAUUCAAAGUCCGGGUUUUGACUCGAAAAUCGAAAAGUAUCACGAUGAAUUGGAGAACUGUAUAAACGAAAGGAAAUUCUUAGAGCAACAUAUGUAAUACUAUGCGGGAUACCGCAUGUAAUUUUUUCAUUUAUAUUUUCUAUGGAAACCCUGAUUAGGAAAAUAAAACAUCUCGCCAUAUUGCGGAUGCAAAUGGAACUAUUUCUUUCUAUACAAUUAUUCUGUCAAAUGUAUUGCCAUGUAAAAGUAGCGACCCAGAACAAGUUUUUUAUUUGGGUGGUCAGGCUGUAACUAUUAAAAUAACAAUGUUUCGCGGACCAAAAUUUAUUAUUAAAUAAUUUGAAUUAUGUCAAAACUCUCCCGUACAAUAUUAUGUCGCACGAAGGCGCACUUUCAAAGUCCAGGGUUUCUACACAGCAAUUAAGACACAGAAUCAUUUAAAUUGGUGCUAAUUUAUUGAUUUUUAGGUUCCGCUCAGUAUAGAUUGCAUAGAAAUCUUAAUCACAAGACAAUAGAAAACUAUAAUAACAAGAUAAGAAAGUCGCUAACUGAUACAUUUUAAAUAUGAGUGCUUUGAGUCGCGUUUGCGGCGACUAGAUGACGCGUAUACCAUAUUUCUAGUGUGUUGUUAUUAAGAUUUCUAUGGUCCCGUGUUUUGAACCUUGAAGUUUUCUAUCCACUUAAGUAUUCUUUUACUCAAUAGUUUGUUUUCUGUUUAAUCAUAAAUAGUUUUGUUUCUUU